CUAUGUCUAAGCACUGAUGGGCUUGGAUUCAACAUCUCCACAGAUACCAACCCAGAGGAUGUUCAAGUACUUUAUUCAACAACUGACAGGGAGGAGCCCAGGACAAACCAAGGCACAGAUACCACCAAAGCCCAGCUUGGUAAAGCAAUGAGUUUUACUGGGGAUACUUACAGGACUACAGCUGAGGGCUUACUUCCUGGAGCAGAAAUGACUCAAAGAGUGCUGCAUCACCAAAGCCCACCCCAGCAUGGGUGACAGUCCACAAAGCCAGGAAUCUGGAGUACACUGCACAGCCUGCAGGCUGCCCAGCAGGGACACUUAAGCAGCUGGAAGAUUCUCUUGGACACUCCAGAGUCUCCAAGGCUGCUGGGCUGGCUUCUCUUGAUAAGAGUUGUAUCCCUCUGCAGGGCCGGCUGAAGCCAGGAGCCAAACCAGAGGGGAACAUGGAGCUGCUGUCUACCCCCCACAGCAUCGAGAUCAACAAUAUCACCUGUGAUUCUUUCCGUAUCUCCUGGGCCAUGGAAGACAGUGACCUGGAGAGGGUCACCCAUUAUUUCAUUGACCUGAACAAGAAGGAAAAUAAGAAUUCCAACAAGUUCAAGCACCGGGACGUCCCCACCAAGCUUGUGGCCAAGGCUGUGCCUCUGCCCAUGACAGUGAGAGGCCAUUGGUUCCUGAGUCCCCGGACAGAGUACAGUGUGGCAGUGCAGACAGCCGUGAAGCAGAGUGAUGGAGAGUACCUGGUGUCCGGCUGGAGUGAGACUGUGGAGUUCUGCACCGGGGACUAUGCCAAGGAGCACCUUGCCCAGCUGCAGGAGAAGGCUGAGCAGAUCGCUGGCCGCAUGCUCCGCUUCUCUGUGUUCUACCGCAACCAUCACAAGGAGUACUUCCAGCAUGCCAGGACCCACUGUGGGAACGUACUGCAGCCUUACCUGAAGGACAACAGUGGAAGCCACGGCUCCCCAACCAGUGGCAUGCUGCAUGGCGUCUUCUUCAGCUGCAACACGGAGUUCAACACAGGCCAGCCCCCCCAGGACUCCCCUUAUGGCCGCUGGCGCUUCCAGAUCCCGGCCCAGCGCCUCUUCAACCCCAGCACCAACCUCUACUUUGCGGACUUCUACUGUAUGUACACAGCCUACCACUAUGCCAUCCUGGUGCUGGCACCCAAAGGCUCCCUGGGGGACCGCUUCUGUCGUGACCGUCUGCCCCUCCUGGACAUUGCCUGCAACAAGUUCCUGACCUGCAGUGUGGAGGAUGGAGAGCUGAUCUUCCGUCAUGCUCAGGACCUCAUCCUGGAGAUUAUCUACACCGAGCCUGUCGACCUGUCCCUGGGCACCCUGGGAGAAAUCAGUGGGCACCAGCUCAUGAGCCUGUCCACUGCUGAUGCCAAGAAAGAUCCCAGCUGCAAGACCUGCAACAUCAGUGUGGGCCGCUAGGGACUCCUGGGGAGCUGGAGGGCUGGGGAGAGAUGACAGGAGGGUGGGGCAUGAUGUAUGGCUUAGGUUUGGGGAGCUAGCUUUCUCUCCCCUCUCCCUGCUCCCUCCACUGGGUCCACCUCCCCCUUCCCCCUAUGUUGGAGACAACGGAAGGUCUUAGUUAGUGGGGCCCAUUCCGGGCCUGAUGGACUUGGAGAAAGGGGGUUCUCAGCAGGUGAUAACCUCCUUUUCUGUUUCCCUCUUCUGUUUUUUGACCUCAAGCAGGCCUCCCUGAGUCCUCAGGCAUCUCCCAGAGUCCUCCCUGCCUCCUGGGCCAAUGCCCAUGCGUAGCCUGGCCUCCAUGUAGAUGCAGAAAGCUGUGGGGUACCUCCUUCCUAGCCCCACCCACCCCUCUCAGGGCCACCCCAGACAGCCCCCUCUUACUCAGCUGGGCCUGAGGGCUUUGACUCCUCCAGGCCAGGCCCCUCCCUCUAUAAAUAACCUCCUGCACUGCUGUCUUGCCCUGGCUGCUCCGUAUCCCCCAGAGCCCACUUCCCGCAUGGGAGAACCGUCCAUCCCUUCUGUCACUGCCGCUGACCCACUUGAGAUGCCCUCCUACUCUCUGGAAAAGUACCCUCUCUCGUUUUCUAGUUUGGAGGGCUCGCUCUGGUCUCUUGAGAUUUUCCUUUCUUCUAUUGGGAAUGAUCUAUUCCUCAGCAAAUCUCCCUUGCUCAGAGAGCACCGGGGUCCGCAAAAACAGCUGCUGGGGUCGAGGAGGGGGAAGGAGACCCCUGAGACCUGUUCCUCAGCCAGAAGUGGGCCAUCUUAUGUCUCGAUGGGCCUGACAGAGCGAGAGAACUGAGUGUGACCCACAGCACCCUGGCACCCUGCCCAGCUGUGCACUUUGCUCGCUCACUCGCCCGCUCUGCCUGAGAGUCAUGACUGUUCUGUGCCAUGUGAGCCAGAUCUUGGACUCUCCAUCACACCACCCCUUGCUCUCUGGGCUGAUCCCCUGGGGGAGUUCCUGAUGAAUUCCCCCAUAGCUCCCUGUGUUUUCAUCUUGUUCUUACUGUCGUCUGGAUCAGGAGGGCGGGGAGGGUGGACUCCCUGAGACAGGACAAGCAGGUGGAGACAGAGUAGAGGGAGGGAUUGUCAUAGUAACAUUUUCAGAGGUGACUGAGAUGAUACACGGGCAGCUGGGACUUCUGUAAAGGACAGAAGAGCUGGCAGACCCACAGGGCUAUACCUCUGAGGGACCAGUGAAUGACUGGCUACCAGAGACAGGGCUGGUAGACAGUCACGUACCUCACUGGGAUGGUCCAAGAGAUCUUGGAUCCUGUAAACUGUGUGGAGAAGAGGGUUUGACCCCCCAAGGCCCUUCCCCUCUGCUGACAGCACUGCUGUGGUCGUGGCCUGCUGCCUUGUCCUCUGUCCCUGGGUGGGGCACACCCUUCUGUGCUGUGCUUGCCAUGAGCAUCAAUAAACCACAGUGGUCCAAGGG